CUCGCCGACCUUCAGGCCCUAGUUGCACUACUCGCCAUCGGCCAAGAUUUCGAAUGCAUCUGGACAACAUGGUGUCCACAUGCAAUCAAAAUGUUGGCGGAUGGCGAGUAGUGCGACGAGGCCCUCAGGCCACUGCGCGCCGCCGCAAAAGGCAUCUCCCGUCGACCGUCGGCGCCAUCUUCGCACCCGCCGUCUUCUUCAAGUCGCUGCCGUCGUAGAGUUUGGGCGACAGGCAGCGACAUUGAGCGGGGAUAGCCAGAGGCAGCAGCUGCUGAGGCAGGCAGCAGGAGCGGCUGGAGGCAGCAGGGCGAGCGCCUCCGGACCUGAGGCUCCGUCGUCGACUCCUCCCUCUUCGAAGGCUCCGUCGUCGACUCCCCCCUCUUCGAAGGCUCCGUCGUCGACUCCUCCCUCCUCCGCUGCUCCAUCGUCGACUCCUCUCUCCUCGGCUUCUCCCUCCUCGGUUGCUCCCUCCUCGGCUUCUCCCUUGUCAACACCUGCGGAGGAAACGUAUGACCCAAAGGCGCACUGGGGUAUCGCCAAACCUAAGGGCUUGCUCUUCGACGCGGGUGAUGGUUCUACUUUCAUCAUGAACGGCUGGAACACCCGUGACAUUAUGUACAAUGCCCUUACUCCUGCAGGCCGUGCCAGAGUCACUAAGCUCUUCACCCAAGCUCGGUCUAUGGGACUGACUGUUGUACGGGCGAUGGCCUGCAAUGACGGAUCGAGGCACAUCAUUCAAAAAAAUCCUGAGACGUUCGACGAGACCGUGCUGCAAGCUUUAGACUGGGUAAUGGAGGAGUCGAGGAAGUUUGGAAUCCGCUUGGUUCUGGCAUUCGCCGGGAACUGGGAGAGUAAGUCGGUGUAUGCCUCUUGGUACAAGUAUAGGAGUGGCAACAACCAGACUGUACCUGAUGACUUCUUCCGUGUUAAGGACAUGAAGGACUGGUACAAGGCGCUGGUCACAAAGGUGAUUUCCAGGAGGAACACAAUCAGUGGGAUGCUUUACAAGGAAGAUCCGGCCGUCUUCUCCUGGCAGUUGAUGAAUGAGCCUAGGGCUACGUCCGACUUUAGUGGCAAGACGGUGCAAGAUUGGCUGCGUGAGAUGGCAGCUUUCGUCAAAGGCUUGGACUCGAAGCAUAUGGUGUCGGCGGGUGUGGAGGGCUUCUACGGGCCGUCUGAUCCUUCGCGCUUCCCUGUCAAUCCAGACCGCUGGGCUGAGGAGCAAGGUAACGACUUCAUAGCAGAGGGAAAGAUCCCCAACAUUGACUACCUGACCGUGCAUAUCUAUCCUCAGCUCUGGAUGCCCGGGCGCCCCUAUUCGACCUGGCUUUCCUUCACGAGCAAGUGGAUUAAGGGCCAUGCUGAGGACUGUGUGAACCAGUUGAAGAUGCCUAUGGUGUUUGAGGAGUUUGGGUGGAAGGGUGACGAUGUGAAUGCCACCGACGCAAGGAACGGCUUCUUUAAGGUGGUUUUCGAUGAGACCUUGGAGGCUGCAAAGGGGAAAGCGACGGCUGGGACCAUGUUCUGGGCCAUGGAAGAUCCCUCUGCAUUCUUUAGUCCCUGGGCCGUUUGGUACGAGAGGGAUAUAGAUUCUACCAUAGGGAAUCUGGGGCGGACAGUGGAGAACAUGGCUUCAUUGCCAGGGAGGGAGGGAGGGAGUAGAGCUGUGUACGUCUGUACUGCUGGACUCUGCAAGCGACGUCUGCCGCACCUCCGCUUUUUGCAGCGGGAUCUCCGCUUUGUGCCACGGGAUCUCCGCUUUGUGCAGCGGGAUCUCCUUUUUGUCCGGUGGGAUCUCCGCUUUGUGCAUCUCCUCUUUGUGCAGCGGGGCCUCCGCUUUGUUCGGUGUGAUCUCCGCUUUGUUCGGCCGGAUCUCCGCUUUGUUCGGCCGGAUCUCCGCUUUGUGCAGCGGAUCUCCUCUUUAUGCAGCGGGAUCUCCGCUCUGUGGAGUGGGAUCUCCGCUUUGUUCGCUUCGAUCUCCGCUUUGUUCGGCGGGAUCUACGCUUUGUGGGGUGAGAUCUACGCUCUGUGCGGUGGGAUCUCAUUCCCUUGGCUGGUUAGUUGAGCAAAUGGGAUUGACGUCUAUUACUAUAUUGUGAAGAAUAGUGAAAAGGAUCGAUGCGGCGGAAGUGCGCUGAUGAUCCUGUUUCCACUGAAGCUGAGCGAAAGAAUACGAAUUACUGUACUGGAAUAAAAUCGUCCCGAGCGC